GCAACCGGCUUUUGCCAAACCUACUCCCAAUUCCUCGCCUGCCGCGCCCUUUUUGGGAUAGCAAUGGGCGGCCUGUAUGGCAAUGCAGCUGCCACCGCCCUUGAAGAUCUCCCACCGAUCGCCCGCGGGUUGAUGUCUGGUCUUCUCCAGCAAGGCUACGCUUUUGGCUAUCUCCUCUCCACCGCCUUCUCCCGCGCCUUGGUUGACACCACUCCCUAUGGUUGGCGCCCAUUAUUCUGGUUUGGAGCUUGUCCUCCUGUUCUCAUUAUUGGUUUGCGGUUGUUGCUGCCAGAGACGAGAACAUACCAAAAGUUAAAGAUGGAGCGAGAGCUCAAACACCAGCAGCAGCAAGAUGAGGAGGAGGGUUCCGGCCAGGAGGGGGGAACUGGAACGCGCAAAAAGGGGGUGACGCAUGUGUUUUGGGAGCAGGGGAAGCAAGUCAUGAGAAAGGAAUGGUUGUUGCUCACGUACAUGGUGUUGCUAAUGGCAGGGUUCAACUUUAUGAGUCAUGGCUCGCAGGACUUGUAUCCUGUGCUGCUUGACACGCAGUUUUUGUUUUCGAGGGAUCAGGGGACGACUGUUCAGGUUAUUGCCAAUGUCGGGGCUAUGCUCGGGGGCACGACGGUUGGGUUUAUGAGUCAGUUUGCGGGCAGGAGACUGAGUAUCUUGGUGAUGUGUGUUUUGGGAGGCGCGCUGUUGUAUCCGUAUACUGCGACUGAUGUCGCCAAUCAGGGAUGGGAGAGGAUUGCUGCGGCGGCGUUUUGGGAGCAGUUUGCUGUUCAGGGGGCUUGGGGUGUCAUACCCGCUCAUUUGAUGGAGUUGUCUCCUGCGAAAUUCCGGACUUUUGUUGUUGGUACGUCGUAUCAGCUGGGUAAUCUGGUUAGCUCGGCGUCGAGCACGAUUGAGAGCACGAUUGGGGAGAGGUUUCCACUGCCUCCGGAGACGACACCCGACGGGACAGUGGUUGGACAGAGAUGCGAGUAUGGGAAGGUCAUCUGCAUCUUCAUGGGUUGCGUCUAUGCGUAUGUGGUGGUGCUGACGCUGCUGGGGCCGGAAUGUCUUGGCAGGAGGUUUGACCGGCGUGAUAGUGAGGCUUUGGAGGACACUGGGGUAGUAUUUGGGGAGGAUCAUGAACAGGGUUUUGAGAUCUUUCAAGGUGCACAGGGAGAAAGGGAGAAACGUGAUCGGAAGGGUGAAGAGGCGGUAUGA